CGGUUAUCGUUUGAGGACAUGCGCAACUGCUCCUAUUUAAGAGAAAUGGUUCUAAUUAACCAGAAUCGCCUGAUCCAAGCCACACAUGUUGGUCGCAGUGGUAAUGCAAACCUUAGCGUCCUCGCUGAUUGGCUGCCAGUAAUAAGGUAAGGUAUUUAAGAAUCCGUAACUUUUUUAAGUCUUUGAACCAACCGCAGUUAACCCUUUAAGGCCAGAUAGUGACCAACAUCAAUUUUCUCCUAACAAUAUCCAUACAUUGUCAAGAGAUAAAGUUAUGAGAAUCAAUAAAAUGAUCAUCAAAGAGAAAAUGCUUUGAUUAUUUAUGAAAUUCUCUCAACACAUUUUUUAUGGAAAAGUAUUGAGAUCAGUUUGGAGAAUUUGUAUGUGGAUAUUGGGGCUUAAAGGGUUAACAGACCAUUUCCGAGUUGCCCCAAGCCUCUGUUUCAAAGCGAGACUAAGUGCGAAGCUGUUGAUAUGGAAAUGAACUCAUUUUCUCAAGAUAGAUUUUGCACUCAGCCUCCCUUUAAAAGUGAGAGUUUUUGGAUCUCGGAAAUGGCGAAUUGUCUAAACAUGCUGAAGAGAAGUCAAAAUUAUGUCACCGUCAUCCAGUCGUUACUCCAGAGAAUCUACACAAAUUUAUUUUGAGCUUCAGAAAGUAUCUUUGAGCCAAGUUUUGUUUCAUUUUGUGAUUGUGUCCUAAGCAAAUUCUCUGUGAGGCAACUAAGCGCCAAACAGUAUUGUCUAAAUAUUAUAUUGUUGAAGUCAGUUCCGAAAGCUUUUAAAUGUAGUUCGCUGGACUUGAAUUGGUAAAACUACAAUUAAGGCUCUUUUGUUGAAGAAAAUUUUGUUAAUGCGGUUUGAUACGUUGGUAAAUAAUGAUGAAACUUAUUGAAAUCUUUUUAUUUUGUUUUGUUUUGCUUUGUUUUAUUUAGAGAGCCAAUAAGCAAUAAUUCCGAAUCCUCCUCGGAAGAGGGAACUUGUCCCGGCAUUCCUAGCGGAGUAAUAAUUGAGAUGCUGGUGACGGAUGCUGGGAAAUACGGCGGCGUACCUCAGAUGGAAAUAGUGGGAACGAGAAUCAAGUAAGAAUUAGUGUGAUUAUACGUCGCCCGUUCAGUGUCUGUAAUACCAACAAAGAGAAGGGAAAAUAAAGAAAUUCUCUCACAAAGACACAUAGUUUACGUUUCAACACACCACGAGUAGUCUCAUUCUUCUUGACAGUUGAAAGGCGAACUCGAGAUUUCUAUUUCUUUCAAGCGAUCACAAGAGCUCUUCGAGAUGCCUCCAGAACGCUCCUCUUCGGUGGAAAGAAUUUUCAACUGAGUUACUUUUUUUGUACGCAUCCCGCGUUACCUUUCGGUCUCACCAAAUUGUUUCAGAAAAACAAAGGUUGCACGUAGUUAAACGAAACUGUAUUGUAGGAAUAGUACUUUUACCUGAACCAUGCAGUCUCUUUUAGUUCCGCAAAUUUGCGUGAAGUGGUUUGUAACUGGGCCGCCGCACUCGCUCAUUUGCCCUUCUCGGAUGAUAUGUAUAAUAUAGCAGCGAAAUGUGCAAACGACGAGAUUGGUCGAAAAUACUUUUGAUAUUUUGUCUCAGUUGAGUACGUUCAUCGGCAGCUAAAUUUCCCGCGUUGUCGUCUUACUUUCACUUAUUGCACCUAAUUGUUCUUGUUACAUUCCAGUUUAGCACGUGGCAGUUCAAGUGUGUCAGUGGUGUAAGUUGUUCAGCCCCCAGUGAUACUGAUACAGACUUAACUCAGUUGGUACCCAGUCCCUCAGCUACUCCAGCAGCCGCAGCUUCAUCCACCGUUCUUGACACGUCACAAGCAACUAUGUCACCCCUGGCUUUGAGUUCAGUACUUAACUCUAACUUGGUACAUCCAUCCCUCUUAUCAGCAUCUUCAUCAACCAGUGGCUCAACAAUCAUCACAGAUAUCAACUCUAACUUCGUACCUCCAUCCCUCUUACCAGCAUCUUCAUCAACCAGUGGCGCAGCAAACAUCACAGAUACCAACCCUAACGUCGUACCUCCAUCCCUCUUACCAGCAUCUUCAUCAACCAGUGGCGCAACAAACAUACCAGGCAAUAACCCUAACUUCGUACCUCCAUCCCUCUUACCAGCAUCUUCAUCAACCAGUGGCGCAACAAACAUACCAGGCAAUAACCCUAACUUCGUACCUCUAUCCCUCUUACCAGCAUCUUCAUCAACCAGUGGCGCAACAAACAUCACAGUCAUCAACCCUAACUCUGCACCCCCUUCCCUCCGGCCAGCUACAUCAUCCAAUGAUAACGUAACAAACAUGAAAGUGAGUUCUGGAUCGAGCCCUACUGCCGCUCACUCAUCUCUCCCGUCACCAACGGCGUCUUCAUUAUCUAGCCAUCUCACUGUAAGUUCAUCCGUCAGUCCUCCCGCAAGUGGUACGGAGAACACUAGGAACUACCCGCCUCACUUCCAAUACUUUAUGGUGACAAGCUCAGUUGUUUUCAUUAAAGUGCCCGCCGUCAAAUCACAGAGAGUUAAAAGGUCAGUCUAUGCGCAUGCGUUGAAACGACAGUCAUGUUUCGUUUUUUGUGUUCCAUUUUUCAUGGAUUUAGUCCCCGUCAACGUUCCUUUGGUUCUGUGUGUGUCUGCAAUAACCCUAUUCGGCACCUGUUGAGCGGCUCUCAUGCACAACAAGGCGAAACAAGGGUCCUCUUACAUUGAAUCAACUUCCUGUGGACACACUCGGGACCGCCCGCGUGCGUGUAAUAGCAGGAUGAUAAAACUGAAGAAAAAACCUACUGCUGUCUAAAUGCCCCUCAUUGCCCGUUAUAACGAGAGUAAAUGUCCUUUCAAGACCAGACUGUGUUCGUAAAUCCGUAAUAAGGGGAUUUUGUCUCACUUGAACGGCUAACGGCGUAUGACGGAUCAAGUGCUACGUUGGUUGUAGUCUCCCACGCAACCGUUUUUGUCUCAUCACGCAACGCUCCUUCCCAGGAAGAGCAGGAGCGUUGCGUGAUGAGACAAAAACGGUUGCGUGGGAGGCUAAGUCGGCUAGGAAAAUUUGAUUUCAUUAGCUGGGUCGAUGAGGUAAAUUGUUCAAAGUAAAGGAAUUUAAAACCAAAGACUACCGCCCCUUUGUCAAAGCGAAGCAUCAUUUUCACGUGGUCAAUUUAGUCAGUAUUUCUUAGCUUCAUUUUGACGUAGCGACUUUCUCUGGGGAUUCGCUCUGACGAAAACGGUUUAUAGCAUUCGAAACUUUAGCUCUCAAAUAACUUAACGGCGGCAAAUUCAUGUUGUUAGAAGCCCAUCUGAUCUUAUCAAAUAAAGUGACAACUCUAAAAUGUAGAUUUUACCCGCGUUUCUUAGGUGUUGAGCAAAGUAUUAUGAUAAUACCUUGCUCAACACCUACGCAACGCAUCCAAAUUCUAAAAAGGUUUUUUGCCAUCAAUUGAAAUUUUGAGUAUCAGACUUUCGUCACUGCAAAUCCGGCAUAACUUCCUAAGAUAGUCUCUGUACUGACAGUAUACUAGUACUAACACUACUUUCUUGACACCACGACAGGUCAGUGGAUCAGACUGGCAUUUGUUACAGAGAUGUAUGCAAAGAAGAACUGUUCUUGCCACUAACUGAGGCAUAUCAGGGUGAACCUCGUGAGAAAUCAUUGGCUCUUUCCCUAUUUCUUAUUUUCUUGGCUCUUGUUACCUUUGCUGUGACCAGACCUUGGGGAUAAGUCUGGUCUUUACGCCUGUUAGAGUCAAGUUCUGACUGUUUCCUGGCAGCUUAAGAGGCUGUCCGCGUAAGAACCGAUAAGGCAAAUUUCGUUGUAUCACGGAUUGCCCUGAUUUUUUCAGUGGAAGAUAACUAUCCUAUCCCAUGAAGAAAUAUCACAUUUAUUUGGACCAACUCAAUUUUUUCUCUAUAUUACAGGAAGAUUUUCUCGGUCACCUAAAACUGGCCCGUUUGCCUUCAGAAGUGGUGCGAUUUUGGUGAAUUUUUAGGGCUCUGUCAAACCUACCUUACAUAGCCGAAUAAGCUGAUUAUUUUACACACAAAUGUUUUAACUCUCAUUAACAGUGUCAAAGUUUAAUGGCUGCAUUCUGUCGAAAUUUGGCUGAGAUAUGAUUUUUUUUAAAUGACCGUUAAUUUGCUCAGCAGGAAAGUAAUUUGUAUAACUAGAGCUGAACGGUAAUUUCGCGAAAGUGGCACCUGACCCAGACUCAAGUCUGUGAUGAAUCAGAAGUACUAAGACCAGUCUACUUCUUAAUGCAAUAAAAUUUGUGGGCACUCUUCUCUGCGCGCUGUACAAAGUUCCGUUAAUGUUACAAAUUCGCCACUUUGACAGCAAAGCUGGAAUUGUAACGGUCCGCAUUUGAUCGACUAAUUUCCACAGUUUUAACGUUUCUAGUUAUCACCAAAUGUCAUUAGACCCUUUAAAUGUUGGACUUUUGAAAACAUGAGGAGAAAACUUGGUAAUCGCUUUUUCUUGGUUUUUUUCCUGGUCGACGAUCACAACGCGACUUCAUUCUCCG